GUGGCAACGCUAUUGUUUUCAAGCACGUGUGAGCGACAAACGACAUAAACAAAUUUGUUGCACUUACCAAAAAUGAAGAAAGUGACUGAAGAAACUAUCUCAGAUGAGGAAGAAAGUAUCACAGAUAAUUCAGACGCAUCCGAUGAUGAGGAGAAUGAAGUGGAUUUGGGAGCCAGUGCAACAGAGUCGGAUGAAGAUGAAGAUGUAGAUGACGAUGUUAAUGACGACGGUGAUGGCGGAGACUCCGAUGAAGGUAGCGAGUUGAGUGACGAAGGAGAGGAAACAACGGCCCGCAAAACGAGAGCAGAAAUUAUCGAGGAACAAAUACACAGCAAAUACCAACAGCGCAAGGGAACACGUUUGUAUGUCCGUUUCUUACACAAGCUUCCAUUGGAUGAACAGGAAUUCAACUCAAAGGUAAAAGCGCUGCAUCCACUCAUAUCGAAGGCAUCCAAACCACGUCAAAAGCAUGCACGUUUCUGCCUAGUCGAAUUCCAAACUCAGCAGGAUCGUGACACUGCGUUGCAGGACAUUACAGCUUCAAUUAAAAACAAUAAAGCUGGAUUCGAGGGAUUAUUCGUGUCACUUCCAAAGACCGAUUCAGAUGAGUUCGUCAACGAACUUGUUGUCCGCAAGCAGCAAUCGUUUGAGAAACGCAAAACGAAAGCUCUGACCAAACGUGCCACAAAACAGGUGUCCCGCAAAUCUAAGUUCACCUCAUCGGUGCUCAUUACCAAUCUGCCCAAGACCGCCUCGGUAGCCCAAGUGCGUCAACUCUUCGAAAAUGCCGUUGACAUACAGCUGAAGCCCGGUAAAGGCAGAUUCCGUGACUACAGCGCAGCCACCGUGACUUUGCCCUCAACUUUUGAGGCACGCAACGCCUUGAAGAAGGAACUGAGCAUGGCGGGCACCAAACUGCAGUUGCGUUUCAAUACCCAGCAACAGAAGAAGCGACGACCCAAUAAGAACCAGAAACGCGGGGCAGGCAAAGUGGGUGCUGCGAUUACGAUUAACUCUUAAUUAAUAUGUAACGAUAAUAGAUACAACUCCUAAAUAAACAAUGUAACAAUCUUUAAC